GAGAAGGAGGGAAUCUUUCUCGGCCCCGGCUUCGGCAGUUGCUUUUCCCCUUCUAUAGCUCUGGAGCCUGGAGAAGAAAAGGGAGGGGAGGGCUCCGCCGAGCCCCUAGGAGACUGCGAUGGUUCCCCGCUGCCGCAGCUUGCUGACGCCUCUCCAUGGCGUCCGCGCCCCCGGUGCUGCUCCUGCCGCAGGCCCCGUUCCUAGCCCCCAGCGCCCAUCGGCCCCGGAGCUGCUGCCGCCUUUCCACCCCAGAGACUGAUGAGGACCGACCUCGGCGGACGAUGAGAGAGGAGAAAAGCUACUGCUGCCGGGGAGCCGCCGGUGACCAGGGCUCGUGCCCCGCGGCCCCGCCGGCCCUGUCUCCCACCACGACCGCGCUCUUUCUCCCAGCGGAGGAAGCUGUCACGAGUGGCUGGUCCAGGGCCGGAGGGAGCCUGCCUGGAGGGGAGGAAGAGGAGACCCGGCUGCUGCAGCUCCUCCGCACGGCGCCGGAGCCGUCCGAGGCCUUCCAGGCUCUGCAGGCUGCCCUGCCCCGGCGGGGCGGGCGCCUCGGUUUCCCGAGACGGAAGGAAGCGCUCUACCGGGCUCUGGGCCGGGUGCUGGUGGAGGGGGCCCUGGAGGAGAAGCGACUUUGCCUGCAGCUUCUCUCCGACGUGCUCCGGGGUCAGGGGGAGGUGGGCCAGCUGGAAGAGGCCUUCAGCCUGGCUCUUCUGCCGCAGCUCGUGGUCUCCCUGAGAGAGGAGAACCCGGCCUUGAGGAAGGACGCGCUGCAGAUCCUGCACCAGUGUUUGAAGCGGAGCCCCGGGCAGGUGCUGCAGGUGCUCAUUCAGCGAGGCCUGGAGAGCGCCGAUGCCCGGCUCCGGGCUUCCACUGCGCUCCUGCUCCCUAUUUUGCUCACUCCCCCGGAUCUGUUCGGCCUGGAUCUCACCGAGAUCACGCUGUCCCUGGCCCGCAAGCUUGGGGAACAGGAGGAAGAAGAAGAGGCCGAGAUAGCUUUUUCUGCGCUGCAGCAAAUAGGGGAGCACCUGGGCCAAGACCGGUUUCAGUCUUACAUCUCUCGCCUGCCCUCAGCCCUGAGGAGACACUACAAUCGUCGUAUAGAGUCCCAGUUUGGGGGUCAGGUUCCUCAUUAUUUGGAACUUGAAGCUUCUGAGUUUCCUGAAGAUCCCCUCCCCUGCCCGGCAACACCUUCCAGUAGCCACCUCAAGUUUGGUGUUGUUCCCCAAGAGCUGCAUUCCAGGUUGCUAGAUCAGGAGGACUAUAAGAGUCGGACUCAAGCUGUGGAGGAACUGAAGCUGGUGCUGGGAAGGUUUAGCCCUGUCUCCACUCCUCACUCUAGUCUUGUAGGUUUCAUUAGCUUAUUGUAUAACUUGUUAGAUGAUUCUAACUUCAAAGUGGUUCACGGCACGCUUCAGGUACUGCACCUGUUGGUGACCCGCCUUGGGGGACAGGUACAGCAAUUCUUGGGACCAGUCAUCGCUGCCACGGUCAAAGUACUAGCAGACAACAAGUUGGUGAUCAAGCAAGAAUACAUGAACAUUUUCCUUAAGCUGAUGAAGGGUGGACCUCAGCAGGUGCUGUGUUUAUUGCUGGAACAUCUCAAACAUAAGCAUUCCAGAGUGAGAGAAGAGGUGGUGAAUAUAAGCAUCUGCUCCUUGCUGACCUAUCCAAGUGAGGAUUUUGACUUGCCCAAACUGGCUUUUGGUCUUGCCCCAGCUCUAGUGGAUAGUAAGCGUAGGGUGCGCCAAGCUGCUCUGGAGGCCUUUGCCGUGUUGGCAUCUUCAAUGGGCUCAGGUAAAACCAGUGUACUUUUCAGAGCUGUUGAUGCUGUUGAACUUCAAGAUAAUGGAGAUGGAGUGAUGAAUGCUGUGCAAGCCAGAUUAGCUAGGAAAACUCUUCCAAAGCUAACAGAACAGGGAUUUGUGGAGUAUGCUGUACUCAUGCCAUCUUCUGCCCAGGGCAGAUCAACCCAGUUGCCCCAUGGAGCAGAUACAGACUGGCUUCUGGCAGGUAACAGAACUCAGAGUGCACACUGUCAUUGUGGUGACCGUUCAAGGGAUAGUAUACAGAUGUAUGGCUCUUAUAGUCCAUCUGCUGAUCAGACUAUCUGUACUCGAAGGGUGUUAAGUGCAGGAAAAGGAAAAAAUAAAUUACCAUGGGAAAAUGACCAACCUGGAGGCAUGGGAGAAAACCGGACAUCCCAUUCAAAGGAAAUAGAGCAGUUCUCUGCAUAUGAUUUCAUCCCAGCUCCAAAAUUAAGGCCCUCUCAAGGAAUGCCAGUCAGUGAUGAUUUAUGUUUUAGCAGAAAAAGAGUGUCAAGGAAUUUAUUUCAGAAUGGCUUGGAUUUUAACCCAGAGCUGCCUCAUGUAUAUGCUGGUACCAUUGGGUCUCAGCAAACAAACAUUUCAGGGAAAUGUGGACAACUAGGCUUUUCUCAAUUGAGUGGAAAAAGUGGUAGUGUGGAUUCUGAUUUGCAGUUUUUAGGAGCAAAUAACAGCCAUCAAGAUAAAGUGUGUGCAAGCCUAAAUUUUGGCAGUAAAACUCAACAAACAUUUGGUGGUCCUGCAGAGCAUACUUUAUCAUAUCCUAGUCCCAGUACAAGCCAGGGAGCUCUCAUCCUUCCAUCCUAUCCACUCUCAUCACCUCGAACCAGUCCAAAACACACAUCUCCUCUUAAUGGAUCUCCAAAGAAGUCUCAAGAUAAUUCUGUUAACUUCUCAAAUUCCUGGCCUCUUAAGAGUUUUGAAGGGCUACCAAAGCCAAGUCCACAGAAAAAGCUCUUCAGUCAAAAAUCAGUGGAUGCUUCAGGAGAAAAUUCACAAGAAAAACCUUCUCCGAUACAACUUAAACCUGCAUUGGUGAGAUCACCAUGUUCCCGGAGAGGCCUAAAUGGAACAAAACCAGUUCCGCCAAUUCCACGGGGUAUAAACCUAUUGCCCGAUAAAGCAGAUUUUAUCACUGUGGAACAUGAAAAAGAAGAUCUUAUUUGGAGGAAUGGAAAAGACAAUCUUGCAAUUGAUCUUUCUGAAUUAAAUGUCAGAGAUAAAGAAUCAGAUCAGGAAGAGAUGCAGAGCUCUCUUAGAUCUCUUCGUAAUAGUGCAGCUAAGAAAAGGGCAAAGCUGAGUGGCAGUACUUCUGACCUUGAAAGCCCUGAUUCUGCAAUUAAACUUGACUUGAAUAUGGACUCCGCCUCCCGGUCAUCCUCUCCAAAUGUCAGCUCAUACAGUGAAAGUGGAGUUUACAGCCAAGAGUCUUUGACUUCUUCUCUGUCAACAACUCCCCAGGGAAAGAGAAUAAUGGCAGACAUCUUUCCUACAUUUGGAUCCAAACCUUAUUCAACAAGCCUCUCCUCUGCAAAAAAUAAGAAUUCUCAUGUAGUGGAACAGAGCUCCAAUUCAGGAAUUACAUCGAACGUGAGCAUAAUUGGCCAGCGCAUGAACUAUGGGUAUGGUUGUGGUGAUUUUGAAGAUGACAAGUUACAAGAUGUUUCACCUAGUGUUUUUAAAAUGCAAAAUAAAGAACACCUGAAGCAUUAUAAGCAUACAAAAGGAUUUACAGGGUCAUCAAAUUUACAGCAAAUUUCCAAUUUUGACUUCACUUCAACAAAUGCCUUAUCAGAAGACUCAGUAGUAGUUGUUGGAAAAGGUGUUUUUGGAAUCUCAAGUUCAGUUCCAGUUACAAACAACCAAUCAGUGAUACCUUCUGUGGAAAAUGGGGAUACAUUUUCUGUUAAACCAAGCAUUGAGCCACCAUCAGGGAUUUAUGGAAGAGCAGUCCCACAGAACAGUCUACCAUAUCUGGAUGUUGAGACUGAAAAAGAUAUUAAAGCUUCUAUUUCAAAAUCCACUUAUGACAAGAUGAGACAGAAGAGAAAGGAAGAAAAAGAGAUAAGUCAUAAAGAACUUUUUGAAGUCAAAGAUCAUGAGAAAAAGGAACAUAAUUCCAGAGAACGAGUUAAACAUACUGAAGCUGAGAGAACGGCAACGGAAAACUUGAGUAUUUUUGGAGAUGAGGUGGUAAUAUCAGGUUUAUCUUUAGAAAGUGUUGCCUUCAGUCCUUCAGCAAAAGGAGUAUCCUAUUUAAAAAGAUCACCAUCUUUACUUUUUUCAGAGUCAGGUGAAGUGUCUCCUGGGGCCAGACCACAAUACAAAGAAAGAAUCCCAUCUGUCACACAUAGUCCGGAAAUAAUGGAUCCAUCUGAACUGAGGCCUUUUUCCAAACCAGAAGUAGCACUUACAGAAGCCCUAAAACUGUUAGCUGAUGAUGAUUGGGAAAAAAAAAUUGAAGGACUGAAUUUUAUACGAUGUUUAUCUGCUUUUCAUUCUGAUGUCUUGACUGUAAAGUUGCAUGAAACAAGUUUUGCUGUUGUUCAAGAGGUGAAAAAUUUACGCUCUGGAGUUUCUCGUGCUGCUGUGGUCUGUUUAGGUGAUCUCUUUACUCAUCUGAAAAAGAAUAUGGAUCAAGAAAUAGAUAACACAGUAAAAGUUCUGUUGCAUAAAGCUGGUGAAUCAAACACAUUUAUAAGAGAAGAUGUAGACAAAGCAUUGAAGGCCAUGGUUAAUAAUGUAACUCCAGCACGUGCAAUUAGUUCUCUAAUAAAUGGAGGACAAAGCCAUUUACACAUUGCUGUACGAAGAUGUGCAGCCCAGCACUUGUCUGAUGUAGUGGAGCAAAUGGAACCAGAACGGAUUUUGUCAGGAACAAAAGACCUGGCCGACCGGAUACUGCCAGCCGCUGCUAAGUUUGCACAAGACAGCUCACAAGAAACCAGGUAUUAUGGUCGAAAGAUGCUGUUCCUCAUGAUGUCCCAUCCUAACUUUGACAAAAUGCUUGAAAAAUAUGUCCCGUGUAAAGAUUUGCUUUAUAUUAAAGAAUCUGUUAAAAACUUACGUCAAAAGGGAUUAGGAGAGAUACCAUUAGAUACUCCAUCAGCCAAAGGAAGGCGUUCUCAUGCUGGCAGUGUUGGAAGUACAAGGUCAUCUUCAGUUUCUAGAGAUGUUCUCAAUUCAGCUGAAAGGGAGAUUAUAGACAUCCGUGAAAUAAGAAAAACCAUUCCCCGAAAUUCUUCAGAAAGUGCUGAAUAUAUUAAAGUCAUAACAGGUUUAUUGAAUGCAAAAGACUUCCGAGAUCGAAUUAAUGGAAUCAAGCAACUUUUAUCAGACACUGAAAACAGUCAAGAACUUGUUGUUGGAAACAUUGUAAAGAUCUUUGAUGCUUUUAAAUCUCGGCUACAUGACUCAAAUAGUAAAGUAAACCUAAUAGCUCUGGAAACAAUGCAUAAAAUGGUUCCUUUGCUCAGAGAUAACUUAUCGCCUGUAAUCAACAUGCUCAUUCCAGCAAUAGUGGAUAACAAUCUAAAUUCCAAGAAUCCAGGAAUUUAUGCUGCUGCCACAAAUGUCAUUCAUGCUCUGAGUCAGCAUAUUGACAAUUACCUACUUCUACAGCCUUUCUGUACAAAAGCACAGUUUUUAAAUGGAAAAGCAAAACAGGAUAUGACUGAAAAGCUUGCUGAUCUUGUUAUGGAUCUCUAUCAAAGGAAACCUCACGCUGUAGAACAGAAGGUGGUGGCUGUCCUCUGGCACCUCUUAGGCAACAUGACGAAUAGUGGCUCACUACCUGGAGCUGGAGGGAAUAUCCGAACAGCCACAGCUAAAUUAUCAAAAGCACUUUUUGCACAAAUGGGUCAGAGUCUACUAAACCAGGCUGCAUCUCAGCCACCACAAAUUAAAAAGACUUUAGAAGAACUGCUUGAAAUGACAACUUAAAAUGAAUUCUGUAUGUUACUCCGUUAAUAUGUAAUGCAAUAAGAUAGGCUAAAAAUACCUGUUUACAUGAAGACACAUGGAGCCUUUUUAAAAGGUAAAUUGUCACAGUACCUAUCCUUUUCAUUUAGAAACUAUCUGGAAUGGCAGCUUUUUGACAGCUUGUAAAGCACACCUCUGUCUUAUAUUAGCAUUACCACACUCAUGAUCAAACCUCUAACACACAUGAAACAGUCAGUAUAACACUCACAAAUUCUAUUUGAGAAUACAUGGAAUGAAUCCAUCUUUAACAUUUACAAGGAAAGUCCUGCUCAUUUGCACUCCUCUGUAGAAACUGCAGUAUGUUGCCCUAUAUGUACAAUUAGAUUUGUAACUAAAAAUAGAAUUUUUAUUAUGUAAUCAUGUUCUGAUACGUCUUAUUACUUAGCCUUAUUUUACAAAAGUGGAAAAGACGUCAUUGAAAUGUAUGUACCACAAAGAGAGAUUUGUUUGCUACUUGUAAAAAACAUGUAUUUCUUAAAUCAGUCCACCCUUAUGAUUGUGCAGUAUUAGCUUGCUCGUGCUGGUAUCUUGAUGUAAUAUAUUUGCUUAGCUAUUGGGCAUUAUCAUCUAUGUAACUGUAAGAUUUAAGUAACUUAUAAUAAAGCAUGAUGACAAAUUUUUGGGAAACAGAUUUUCAGAUAUUUUAAAGUACACGUUUAUUUAAGAAAACGUGUGAAUAUAACUUCCCUAUCUUUGUGUGAAAACACUAAAUUUUCUCUCUGCCCAACAUCUAUAAAGGUAUUAUAUCUCUGCCCAGUUGUAUAAUCUUCAGCAAUAGUGCCACGUCUUCUAUUGAUUUUCUCAAGGUUGUCCAGCUACAAGUACUGUACUACAUUUUAAAAAGGAAAAGGAAUGUUAUAAAAUAAAGGGAUUUAUUUCUGUA